AUGGUUCUAGCCAAACAGCAGGAUGUUGAAGGGAAGGCAGAUCUCACCCAAUUCAUUUAUAACCAAACACCAAAGAAGUUAAAUGAUUUAAUUGCCACAGCCUGGAAAAUGGAAAUGGCGGCAACAAUUUUAGAAAGACUUAACAUGUUGAGAAUGUCUGUUGUAGAAACUGCAUUAGAAGAAAAUUGUGUUGAUGGGUGUGAUACGAUCUGGAUUAAAUGUGGGAAAGAAGUAUUGAGAAACAACAAGGUGAAUGCAUAUGUCUUUGCUGCAGCCAUUUGUGACCUUCUUGAGAAGGGAAGAGGAAAGAACCGUAACAUGAUAGUAGGCCCUGUCAAUUGCGGCAAAACAUUCCUGUUAAAUCCGCUAAACCAACUUUUCCAAACUUUCACUAAUCCUGCAACGAGGAUGAUUUCAGAUGGAGCCCUGAGAUUUUGGCGUGGAAG